GCCUAACCUUUUUCACUCUCUUCUCCCUCAUCCUCCUUAUUCCAUAUUACAACCGCCAUCUUAACCCUUUUUCACUCUCGUCGCCUCUUACGUCGCGCCACCGCUCGUAACCCCGCCCCGUUCAACCUCACCCUUUCGGCCUUUCUCAUUAUUGUUACUUUCUCUACUCCUUUUUUUCAAUUCAUUACCACCAAUAAAGCUCUAAAUUGUGACUACCUCGUAAUGCGGACCCAUUAUUUGGUAGGUUUUGACUUCAGGUGGGGCUGCGGUGGUUGUGGCGGCGGCGGUAAUUGCUCAGCCGUUACGGGAUUCAUCCCCGAAUUAAAUUCCCCUUCUCUCUCACCUUUGUGAUUCCCACUAUUGCAUUUUCAGAGAAAAUCAAAGAAAACCAUAUUUGAAGUUUUGUAAGAGAGAUGACGGAAAUAGCAGCAGCAGAAACGACGACAGUAGCAACAAUGGCGGAUAGUAAUGGCGUCAAUGCCAUGGCUGCAUCACCUCCGCAAGCUCUGCUAGAAAGGCUUAAGGAUUACGGUCAAGAAGAUACUUUCGCUUUCUGGAAUGAGCUUUCUUCUGAUGAACGCGAGCAUCUUAUCAAAGAUAUUGAGAGUUUAGAUCUUCCGAGGAUUGAUCGGAUUAUUCGAUGUUCGUUUCGUUCUCAAGGAUUGCCGGCUGCGGCGAUUGAGCCGGUGUCGGAGGACAUUGUGUCAACGGUGGAGCAUCGGACGAUCGAGGAUAGAGAAAAGUGGUGGAAGAUGGGAUUGAAGGCCAUACAUGCCGGCAAGUUGGCUGUCAUCCUUUUGUCCGGUGGUCAGGGAACUCGGCUUGGAAGCUCAGAUCCUAAGGGUUGCUUUAAUAUUGGCCUUCCUUCCAGAAAGUCACUUUUCCAACUUCAGGCAGAGCGAAUUCUGUGUGUUCAAAGAUUAGCAGCUCAAUUUAUGAAUGAGGGAUCAGCAGAUGUUGUACCAAUCCACUGGUACAUAAUGACUAGCCCCUUCACGGACGAAGCAACACGCAAAUUCUUUGAAAGCCAUAAAUUUUUUGGUCUUGAAGCUGAUCAAGUGACGUUCUUCCAGCAGGGAACAAUACCUUGUAUCUCAAUGGAUGGAAGAUUCAUCAUGGAGACUCCAUAUAAAAUGGCAAAGGCUCCUGAUGGGAAUGGAGGAGUUUAUACAGCUCUAAAGUCUUCGAGACUGUUAGAAGAUAUGGCUGCACGAGGAGUCAAAUAUGUAGAUUGUUAUGGUGUAGACAAUGCACUCGUUCGCGUUGCUGAUCCCACUUUCUUGGGUUAUUUCAUUGAUAAAAAUGUUUCAGCUGCUGCCAAAGUUGUAAAGAAGGCCUAUCCCCAAGAGAAAGUUGGUGUAUUUGUACGACGAGGAAAGGGUGGCCCACUUGAUGUGGUUGAAUACAGUGAGCUAGAUCCUUCAGUGGCUAGUGCAGUCAAUCAGGAAACUGGGCGUCUUCGCUUUUGUUGGAGUAAUGUUUGCUUGCAUAUGUUCACCUUGGAUUUUUUGAAUUCCGUGGCCAAUGGACUGGAGAAUGAUAGCAUUUAUCAUUUGGCAGAGAAGAAAAUACCAUCAGUUAAUGGAUAUACAAUGGGACUAAAACUGGAACAGUUCAUAUUUGAUGCCUUCACAUAUUCUCCUUCUACUGCACUGUUUGAGGUUUUACGAGAAGAAGAGUUUGCACCUGUAAAAAACGCAAAUGGGGCAAAUUAUGACACACCUGAUAGUGCGAGAUUGCUUGUUCUCCGUCUUCAUGCUCGAUGGGUGAUUGCUGCUGGUGGCUUUCUUACCCAUUCGGUGCCUUUAUAUUCAACUGGUGUUGAAGUUUCUCCGUUGUGCUCUUAUACGGGGGAAAACCUUGAAGCUAUUUGCCGUGGAAGAACCUUCCAUGCUCCUUGUGAAAUCACAUUUUGAAUUUGAUUUAUGAUUUGUAUAUCAGGCAUGUCAUUUUUUAUGAAAAAAGAUUAGAACAGAUAUAAUCAUACGAGUAUGUAUAUACACUCAACUUUAUGAGUCGAGAGUUUGAAUCAUUUUGGCAGUUAUAUUGUUCAAUAAAUAAUGAGCUUUAUUUAUGCACA